AUGGCGUACAACAGAAUGAGCAUCAUACCCCAGCAGCAACAGCAGCAGUCGCGCUCGCGCAAAAAAGAGGACGAAGCCGACGCGUUUAUGCGCCUGCCUGAUAGCGAGAUUGUCGGCUGCAUCACAGAAAUCGGCAUCAACUUUAGCAUUGCCGACCUACAAAAACCGAACCCAGCGCACGUACAACAAAUUUUUGAAUGGUUCGCCGAGCUGCUCCUCAAUGCCACCCGCGAAACCGUCGACCCCGCCAUGCGCGCCGCCGCCCAAGACAUCUGCGGCGAGUAUGCCGACGUGAUACACCCGGAUACGCGCAACCUCAUGGGAUUUUACGUGUCGCUGCGCCGUCUGCUCCUCGAAUGCGGCAUUGCCGACUUUUCUUUCAACGACCUAUACAAGCCGACGUACGAGCGAUUAGUCAAGAUCUUCAGCUACCUCAUCAACUUUGUGCGCUUCCGCGAGUCGCAGACGACAGUAGUGGACGAACACUACAACAAAUCAGAGGGCAUCAAGAACCGUAUCGACUCACUGUACGCGGCAAACCGGGACAACGAGGCCCGCCUCGAGGACAUGCAGAACAACCGCAAAGCCAUGGAGGCGCAGGUCGCCGAGAAGACGGCGCGGAACGAGGAGCUCAAGCAGCGACUGCUCGAGCUGCGGCGAAACCAGGAGCGUGUUGCGGCGCGCCUCGACGAGGCCAAGCAGCGCAAGACGGAGCUGACGGGCGUCCUGGAGCAAAAGACGCAAGAGAAGCUGACCCUGCGGCAAGAGAGCGCCAAGUUGCGACCGUACGUCCUGCAGAGCCCGGCCGCGCUGCAGGACCACCUGACGGAGCUGCGCGAGAUCCUCAACAACGACAAGUCGCACAUUGACGCGCUGGACCGGCGGGCGCGCGCGCUGCAGACGUCGUCGGACGCCUUCGGCGCCGUGUCUGUCGACGUGGAGGCGUGCAUCCGGGUGCUCGAGGAGAUCGCGGCGGAGCUGGGCAAGGAGGAGGAGGAGCUGGCGCGCAACGCGCGGCAGAAGGAGGCGCUGACGGAGCGCGGAAACGACGCGCGCGAGGUGGAGCGCGCGGAGGGCAUGCUCAAGGGCCAGCUGGACAACUGGCACGCGCGGGCGGAGCGACAGCGCGAGGCGGCGCGGGACUACGCGGAGGCGGCGCGGAAGCGCGUGCUGGAGCUGCGGGAGGUGCACGCCCGGCUGACGGAGGAGCAGGCGGGGCAGGGCCGGGAGAUGGCGGUGCGCCGCGUGCGCAUCGAGCAGAAGGAGAAGGAGAUGCAGGAGCUCAAGGAGACGAUCGAGAAGGAGGUGCACGCCGCGCACGACGAGUACCUCAAGAUGGAGUCGCACAUUAAGCUGUACAUUACCGAGAUGGAGCAGGCCAUCUCGCUUUGA